AACUUAGCCCGUGUGGAGUACAGACGUGCCGGGCAGGCGGCCUCUCGCAAGGUGCCCGCCAAACUUCCUCCGCUUUCGACCAGUGCUGCCAACUGGCGUCCAAACCAAACACUUCGCUCUAGCAAUAUGACCUGGGAACUGUUCUUGUAUAUGACAGAAAUAUUUGCUUGAUUUCAGGACACUUCAGAAAAUGUGAUGACAAUAUAGGGGUCGUUUGAAACAUUGCCAGCUAAUCUCGAGUGACCUUUGAACUCAUACGAGUUGAUCUGAGUCAAUUUACAAACAAACGUGAUUUAGAAAUGUGACUGCCAAUGGCAUUCAGGAAAAAUAAUUUUAACAAAUCCAUGGAAAACAGGCAUAAUAUUGUGUUGCUGACCUAAUGAGGGGCAAAUUGAAACUAUCUACUGCUUGACCUCGGUGAUAUAUAUAUCUCAUUCACUGAAGCCCUCCCCUCCAGCAAGCAUUGACCCACCAGUUCCAGCAGCCGAUGGGGAGGGAAAAAUGAUGAAUGUGGAAGAAAAACCUAUGAAAAUUCCAGAGAUAUAUGACUUAUCUGCCUUCUGAAGUGUGAAGCAAUUAAGGACAUAAUAACUUGUAGUCAGUGUAAACAUAAAACAGACUCCUGGAAGCUCACAGAUAAAUACAGAAAAUAUAGUGUUAAUAGUGUUUAAAUAAUUAAUUCAUUAUUCAAUUCAAAAUUCAAUUCAAAAUAUGUCAUAAAAUAUAAGUGUUAACAGCAGUAUGCAUAUCUUGACAACCAAACUAUAUAUUAAUAAUCAGAGGAAAUUGACAUAAUUCAGACAAACUUGUAUGCCAGGAUUAAAUUUACUAUUGGUUUUUUAAAUAUACCCGGUACAAACAAACAGCUUAAUCAGAAGUUUUAACCGGUAACAAUUAUGGAACGAUAAUAUCAACUCUGCACACACGGGGAUACAAAAAUCAGCAAGAGAAAAACCCAACCAAUUAAACGCACAUCUGAGGUGUAUUUGGUGGUGUGAGGUGCGCCGAGCCACGAUCAUGGCGGCGAUGUUCCAGACAUGUGACGGAGCGAGGCGUGGGGGUAUCACUGUUCUCAUGUUGCUGACACUCUCCUGGUGUUCACCUGUUCUACCUCUCCCAGCGUUACUGAUGCAGCAUGGACGAUACGGAGUGCUGGAGUCAGCGUCACAGAAGUGGUGGCACGGAUGGGAGGACGCGGGCCAGCCGUCCGUGGCCAGUGACCAGGUCAACGUGACGGCCGUCCUGGGUCACACUGUCACCCUGCCCUGUCGGGUCACCAACCUCGGAGACAAGACUGUGUCAUGGAUAAGGUCACGGGACCUUACGGUGUUGGCGGUGGACCAGCUCACCGUUACAACAGAUGCACGGUUUUCGGUUGUGCACCCCGAGGACACCGAAGACUGGCUACUAGAAGUGCGUGGAGUGACGAUCUCUGACGAUGGCACCUAUGAUUGCCAAGUAAAUACUCACCCUAAGAUUUCCACCAAGUUUCACCUCAAGAUCCUACCUGACACAGGACAAGUGUCGAUCUUGGACAUCCCUGUGUCGGACACUGGUGUCAUCUCCCAGCCCGAAGCCAAACCCGCAGAGGACGAAGCGACGUUGCGGCUGCGGGUGCUGGGGCAGCGGUGGGUGCGGCUGCCUGCGGGAGGCGCCCUGCGGCUGGUAUGCGAGGCCUCGGGCAAGGCCUUGACGGAACUGCACGAGUAUUCGCUGCUCUACAAUGAUCCGCUCAUCUCCUGGACCCUAGACGGCAUUCCUGUCACCACACUCUGGCAUCACAAUAAGGUGGUGGUGCGAGAGUCCUGGGGAGGUGCCGUGGUGGAGUCGGAGCUUGAAGUCAGGUCGCUCCAUCCGUCGGACGGAGGGACGUACGCCUGCGUCGCUCCACAAGCUCAGCCGGAUCGGGUCACCCUCACCGUCAUGACCACACAGCCCGGAGAGAGGGAUACUGCCACUUCGAGGUUAGCUUCUCCAGGCGUGGCGGGGGGACGAGACUAUGGGUACAGAGACUCAGCAGCAUCAGACCAUGCUUCUGCAGCAGCCUCAGCAGGAGCAGCAGGACGGGCAGCGGUGAUAAGCGGAGUCAUCAUUCUCCUCCUCCUGCUCGUCCAGGUUGCCCUCUGCGUCUUCUACAUCAAGAAAGUCUGAAAGUCCUCAAGAGAAUCUGGAAACAGGUGUAAGAUGAUGCCAAAGGAAUCCAAUGAUCUUAUUUUUUUUAGAUCUGCUGUCGAGUCUUCCUUUGAGGGGGGGCGCAUGACUGAGAAAAAAUAAGCUUUGUGACGUCGAUGUUGACUUUUUAUAGCUCUUAUUUUUUUUGGAAGCAAGAGUUUCAGGGAUCUUUACUGUUCUAUAUUUGUGUUCACAUUAUGAUGGAAAACAAUUUUCGGCGAUGAUGUGCUUCCCAGUUGGACAGCAGUGGGCGCUAUAUCCAAGAACGGUGUUGAUUUUACGUAAAAUCAACAUUAAUAGCCUUGCUCUUGAAUACAAUGCAGUUGGUUCCAUUACGAGUGGGACCUCAGGAAAUGUUUAUGGUUGUACCGGUUUGCUAGAGGGGUACACUUGACCCCCUGCUAGAGGGGUACACUUGACCCCCUGCUAGAGGGGUACACUUGACCCCCUGCUAGAGGGGUACACUUGACCCCCUGCUAGAGGGGUACACUUGACCCCCUGCUAGAGGGGUACACUUGACCCCCUGCUAGAGGGGUACACUUGACCCCCUGCUAGAG